GCUUCUCACAUGUAGUUUCAAGAUCAUUUGCAGUGACAUGCUUCAUUAGCUACAAAUUAGCUUGUAGUCCUAAAAAUAACCCAUAGCACAAAUAGCUUUCAAGUAGCUUGAUCGCGUGAAGUCACCAUUUAAACCUGUUGUAUUGAGAAUACAAUUCAUGAGAAAUUUGUAUUAAUUAGCCUACACUAUAGCCCUAAUUCACUAGUUCUACUAACAGAAGAGGAAGCAGGCCUAAUGGCUGUGACAGCAUAAUUCACAUUAUUGUUUACAUGUUUGUGACAGAAUUCUCUCCAUAUGGGUCUGACACAAUGGUGCGCGUUUGUCUUUUAAAGAGAAUAUUCUGUUACCUGUGGCCUAGCAUCACGAGUCGAUGUGAGUUAGCCUGACUAACAGGCUCUCAAACCAAUAGCGACAAGUGCCCAAAGAGCUGCCAUGAAUACCGAAAUUCGUAUUUAGGGGAAAGUGGACAGUUCAGGAAUCAUGCAGUGCGGCUGAAUGAGUAGGCUAUGUCCCUUCGCCUGCACACAUCACUACGAACGAGUGUGCUGGGCAGUAGCUGCGACUAAUUACUUUUAGCACGCUUCACAGUGAUACAGUUCAUCUAGCUAUGGAAGAAGUUAUACAUUCUGGGACAUGUCCCGAAUUAAAAGAUUUGGAAGUAAAACUUGGCAUGAAAACACCGGCGAGUUUGUUGAGAUGCAUGAGAGAGGAUUACACAAGUGAUGAACGCCCCCUGGAUACUGAUGAGAGACUGUCUAUGAUUCUUCCCGAGGAACUUUUUGAGAAGAUGAAAAACCUGAAACUUCAGAUGGAGCAGGUGCGAUCGGCAGACGUGAGAAUUAUGCGCCAGUUGCUGUCGCUGCAUGAAGGUAUGGAGAUGCUCCAAUGGCUCCAGGGUGAUCGGAGCACCCUCACCAGUCUGACGGGUAGCCUGACAGGCAGCCAGUCCAGUCUGGGAGAAGCGGCUAUGGUCCACGAGCCCGGUGGCGAGUCCCCCAGCUGCUGUCCAAAUACACCACCUGAACCUGCGCACAGGACGUGUCCCUCGCCAUCUGGAUCCGCACACUGCUCCACAUCAUGUGAAGAUUCUAUCGAGAUCUCUAAUCAAGCUUGCUCAACAGUGUCCAGUCCAUCUGAUCUAACAGCUUCAUUACAUGAGGGUGGCCCAGUGGAUCUCAAGGGACUGGCUGCCGUUCUCCAGAGGCCCAACAAGAUAGACUGCAGCAAAGAUCUGUUUGUAGGCACUGUGUCAUCUGAUGGCAGUGGGCUGGCUCAAAGCGGAGUUAUGAAGGGUGAAGUGAUAGACAGCAGUGAGGGAGGUAUCCUGUCUACCCAGGAGGAACCUGAGCUCUCCUUAGGUCAGAGUGAGGCCCUGCUGGGCUAUGAUACUCACUGGUGCUGGGUGGAGUCAAAGGAUGAUGUGACCUUCCUAUGAUAGGCUUCCCUUUUUCAGCUGUAGCCCACUCAUCUCACUGAGAAAUAGGUUACAUUGGUUGCAGAAUGAUUUGCUUUAGGAUACUCAUAGACUAUAUGAUUAUGCAAGGAAUCUAUAAACAGCAGACCUGUUAGCCUGUUUAGUUGAGUAUGACACAAGCCUUUACAUAGCGCAACAUUUGCUACUACAUAUGUGAGAAAUCGGUAUAGUUUUAAAAAGUCAAGUUUCUCCAUGGUAGCUUGCCAAAUUAUGAGUUUAGAUCUUUCCACAACUCUGAAUGGUAUUGUCUAUACCAUGCCUAGUGUGUGCAUUGUAAUGGUUGUGGAGAGAGCAGUCACUAGAUGUCGAAAGCUUUUGAUACUGUAUGUACAUUUUAACCACAUGGGUUGACAGCUCCCCCACACAGCAUAAAUGUCUCUUCAAAAAAACUCCAAAAAUCACAACAUACUGCAUAAAGCUGUUGUUUCAUAGCUACUGUCAGCUCAGAAACGUUGAUAUUCAGGAUAUGGCUGCAGUGACAAUUAAGUGUUUGAUUAUUUAAAUAGACUUUGCAAAAUAUAUUUUAUAAAUCAUUAAACACUAACAACUCUUAA